AUGCUCGUCCUCCGCUCUCCAUUCUCCGAUUCAUCGGUUCUUGACCAUAUUCUCGAUGAGAUCACUGGAUCUGUUCAGUUGCCGUAUUGGAGAGAUGCUGAUCACAAUUCUUUCAAUUUCUCGGAUAAUAUUGGAGAGAUCGUGAACAACGAUUCCAAAUUCUCAGUUCAGAUUGAUGUCUCUCACUUCAAACCAGAAGAUCUCAAGAUUCAAUUGGAUGGAAGAGAGCUCAAAAUUGAAGGAUCUCAAGAGACAAAAUCGGAGCACGGAUACUCGAAAAGAUCAUUCUCGAAGAUGAUUCUUCUGCCAGAGGAUGCCGAUUUGACUGCUGUAAAAUCUGCUAUUUCGAACGAAGGAAAGCUCCAGAUUGAGGCACCAAAGACUGCAAACACAUCUCGUUCUAUUCCAAUCAAUUUCGUGGCUAAACAUUGA